ACACAUCGUUCCAGUUUGAAGUUGAUCGACACUUAUCUACCGGCACGAUAGCUUAGGCGCGAGCUAUGUGAGAUCUCACACACGUUUGAAAACCCAAGGCUCACAAGAUCUUACUGUGAUGCGAAAACAUUACAUUUUUUUCUCACACAAUGAACCGAACAUCAUGCCAAGCCAUGGUACCACGACCGAUUGAUGGUCUCUGUGCUCGCGCGUGUAGUAUGAUGCGCUGUGCGGCUUGAUUAACACCAAACAAAACCAACAAAAGCAGCGAGGGGAAAUGGCGAAAGGGAAUUCGCAAAACAACCUCAAGAAAUGGACAUACGCAAGAUGGCUUCAGAUCGUGUUGUUGAAUCAUGCAACUUGGGAGCUUCAGGACCCCCACCUCCUCCAUUUCGCCACAUGAGUUGCUGUUUCUCCCCCUGACAAAUUGAAAUUAUAACCACCCCAGGAUUUCUUACUUUCUGCGUGUUUCAUUCCAUCCAUCUCUUUCUUGGACCAUCAGCAGACAGCUAUUAAAUACUAUCGUUUGGAAAAAGUUCAUUCCAAGUACUGUUCUUGCGUUACCGGAGCGAUCGAGAGUUGAGAGCUUUCACCGAACGAUCGAAGAUGAAGUUACCUGGCUGGAUGCACCGCAAGUCUCGGCACAACGGCCACGAGCCACUCAAGGAUUUUGGCGCCACCAUAGGACAGCCAUCUCUGGAUGAUCAGAAAUUCUCUCAGAGGCGAAGCUGCGGUGCCGAGCACCUCAAACAGUCUCAGCGCGAACUCCUCCGAAAGUCCUUUGCCUGCUUGGAAUCGGCCAUUUUGCCAGAUGAAGAACACUACAAAGAAGAGCCAUUAGCUGCUGAGAUAACCGACCUUUUCCAUGGUUUCCUAGCGAUUGGCACCUUCGGUUCUGAGCCUGCUCUCAUCCCUGAUCCUGCAACUCCAACUUUCUCCUAUUCUCUCGAGAACAUAACCGAGAAAGAGACUGAGGUGACUGAGAACGAUCUGAAGCUGAUCAAUGAAGAGCUGGAGAAGGUGCUCGCAGCUGAGGCGAACAAGGAUGAGUGGGGCAACCAGUCAUCCGGGAGGAACAGCCACGUCAGCACGGGGAGGAGCAGCCAUGGGAGCACCAUCACGCUCGGCAGUAAGGUGGAAGCGCAAGAGACCAAUUCAAGCAAUGGGAGUGCUGUGUGCCCGCUUCAGGGCUACUUGUUCGGCUCGGCGGUAGAAGUGUUGGAAGCACCUAAAGCGGACAAGAAGGAUCACAGGACAUCGCUCGGAGAGCUGUUCCAGAGGACCAAGAUGACCGAGGAGGAGUACGGCUGCAGCAAAAAGGAUUGGGACGGUUCCAUGGUGCAUUUCGUAAAGAAGAAGCUGAAAAAGAAGGCUCUUCAAGCUAAUCCUGCAGCCCGGAGCUCCGCUUUUGAUGCAGGGACAAGUUCCGAUUCAGGUUCGGCGGAGACUAAGCUGCAUAAGAUCCUGCAUAUGUUCCACAAGAAAGUCCACCCUGAAAACGCGGCCGCGGCAAAGAAGUCCGGUGAGCAGCAGAAGAUUGGAGUGAAGAAGAAAGCAACGAAGAGCAAUGGGCACAGCAUUGGUAACCAGGUCCUUCCUGAAGAAGACAUCGUGCUGGUCCCUGAAAAGAUCCUCCUGAAGGAAAAGCUCCGGCGUCUCAAGAGCCAGUCGAAUCGUGCCCGGAUCCUGCUGACCGGGGACGAAUCCAACGGGAACCGGGAGUGCUGGAUCAAGACCGAUGCGGACUACCUGGUGCUGGAGCUCUGAAAGCAGAUAGAAGGCUGCCGGACGGGCGACCGGAGCGCGAAGACGUCGACGACACGUGCGACUUGUUUCCAAGCUUGUAGCGUGUUUUACUUUCUCUUAUGCACUUAUUAUUUGCUGAUAGUGUGCGAGUGAUGUACGUAAGAGCUUUUGAGUGGGAACUGUUGAAAAUAAGAAAGAGGGGGUCCUCCCUCUUGAAACCUGCUUCUUAAAUAGCUUGCAAAGAUGAUGAUCGCUUCUGAUUGUGCUUAUAAAUGCCUGAAAAUGUUACUAUUCAUGUGCUA